AUGUUUCGUCAACUCGCUCAGAAACUUAAAGCGCGUCUGUCAGGAAACUGGGCCGUUCUCAGUAACGCCGAAAGUGGAAUUGAUUCCUUACGCCAGUAUGCCACCGCCACGAAAAGAGUGUCGGCGAAAAAGGCGAAAAGCGAAUCAGAGAAGAAAAAGGCACAGAAGCAACCAGUGAUUCCCGCACUUGAAUUUCCAAAAAGACCGGCUAGCCCUUACAACUUAUUCUUUACAGAGUAUUACAAGAAAAAAAAAGAUGACAGCCCUAAUUUAAAGUUAACUGAAAUUGCCAAAUUGGGCGGUGAUAAUUGGAGAAAUAUGCCAGACGACCAGAAGAAUGUUUACAACGAAAGAUACAAAAAAGCCAAAUCUCAAUAUGAUGAAGAAUAUCAGAAGUGGAGGGAAUCUCUGUCACCCAAGGUUAUUGCAUUGGAAAACAAACGUCGUAGAAUUGAGAAAGCAGCAGGGAGGAGUAAUCAGAGACCACUAAAGGAUCCAAAAGCACCCAAAAGGCCGAGAUCUUCCUAUUUGCAAUUUGCGAUGGAGAAUAUGGCCGAAUACAAAGAUCUUAAAGUUACCGAACGUUCUAAGGCGAUUGCUCAAAAAUGGAAGGCGUUAAGCCCGGAUGAGAGGAAGCCAUUCGAGGAACUUUACGUCAAAGAGAAGGAACGCUAUAACCAAGAAUUGGAGAAUUAUAAAAAAAUUGCAUAA